AGCCCUUCUGGAAUGUAUUUAUAAAGAUAAAUUUUCUCUCAUCUUUGAAUCACAUUUCAACCUCUAAAUCUUUUGUGUUGAGCUAUUUUGCAACCAAAGAUCGCCAUGGCAACGAUUGCAGCUAAUCUAAGCAGAAGAUUAGAAGGAAAGGUUGCGAUAAUCACAGGUGGGGCAUCAGGAAUCGGAGAAGCCGCAGCUGGGCUGUUUACAAAACAUGGAGCCAAAGUGAUCGUGGCUGACAUUACUAAAAAGGCUGGUCAAUCCUUUUCCCCAGAUGUCACAUACACCCAUUGUGAUGUGAGCAGAGAAGAAGAUGUGAGUGCAGCUGUGGAUUUGGCCAUGGAAAAACAUGGAAAACUGGAUAUUAUGUUUAAUAAUGCAGGAGUCGCUGAUAAGGAGAAUCGUAAGGCAAUGGAGAAUAACAUGGAAGAGUUUGAGCGUGUGGUGAAUGUAAACAUAAAGGGAGUAAUGCAUGGAAUUAAGCAUGCAGCGCGCGUAAUGGUCCCAAGGAAAAAUGGGUGCAUAAUUUCAACAGCGAGUAUAGCAGGAAUAGUGGGUGGAAUGGGUUCUUAUGCAUACACAUCUUCUAAGCAUGCAGUCAUAGGCCUCACCAAACAAGGAGCGGCUGAGAUGGGGAGAUAUGGUAUCAGAGUGAAUUGUGUUUCCCCAAGUCCCCUAGCCACAGAUAUUGUGUUACGAGUCUUCGAAAAGUCUUUUCCCAUGAGUCUGAGUCCAGAAGAGCUCAAGGCCAAUUGGGAGGCAUUUUGUAACAAGAUAGCCAAUUUAAAGGACCAUACUCUUAGGGCACAGGAUAUUGCAGAGGCUGCUUUGUAUCUGGCCAGUGAGGAAUCCAAGUUCGUAAGUGGCCAUAAUGUUGUGGUAGAUGGAGGGAAGACAGUAGUAAACCAUGAUUUGGGUCUCUAUCAGUGAUAGCAAUUCAUUUUGAUAAAUAAGUUUUUUUCUAAUAAAAUUGAAAGACCCAGGAUUUUUAUUUUUGAAAAUAGGGAUCUAUCAAUAUUGAGAAAUAAAAUAGCUCGAGAAAGCAAGAGAAGGUUGAAGACUCUA